AUGAUGGCGGUGUGCCAUGCGCUGUGUGUGCUGGCGUUCGCGCUGUGCUGCAACACCUUGUGCGUGAUGGCUGCUGGUGACGGUGGUGGUGGUGGUGACUCUCAGACAGCCACGGUGGCCGACCUCAGGGCGGCGGUUGCUGAGAAGGCUGCGGAUGUGAAGAGGAAGAAGGGUGCGUUUGAGGCGGCGAGGAAUUGGCGGUGGGCCGCUGAGGAUGCUGCGGCCGCACUAAAGGAGGCACAAGAAGCAGUGGACGACGCUAAGAAGACGAUGGGUCCGGCUUUGAAGAACGCUGAAAUGACAGCGGGGGCAGCGAACAAACUAAGCACGGCUGCGGCGAGCCUGAAAACCCUUCAGUUACCUGCUGGCGCAGCGAACAGCAGAGCGGAAGACGUAAAUGUAAAGACGGCGAAGGCUGUUGUAACUCAAUGUGAGGGCAUGCUGGUGACCGCCAAAAACACGAUGCUGGAUGCUGCUGGCCUAAUGAAGCAAACCGGCCGCGCGGUGGCGAGGGCAGAGGUGGCGCUGCGGCACGUCAAGUCGGCGAAAACAAACACAACAGGGGCGGAGCAGCCCAUCAUCGAUACAGUGCAGGCCUCAAGGGCGGUGGUGACGAAGGUGCGGGCUGCUGUGGACAAAAGCGUCGUGGAGGUGAGGAACGUAUACGAUGCGGCGCUGGAGCUGUAUAAGGCGCUGAACACAACGCUGGCCGCAGCGCGGGAGGCCUCACAGCUCCUGACGGUCGUUGGAGCUGAAACACAAACCAACAAGGAUGAAAUACUGAAGAAUGUAAUAAAUAACGCAACGGAGGCUCUGGAGGAGACCAGCCGCGCAUCAACAAAAAGUAAAAAUGCGCUUGGUAGCAUUAAAGCGGCAGGAGACAUCUUUGAAAGAGCUAUUCAGAACGUGAGAGAAAAGGAGAGUGGUGCCGCAGAGGCACUACAGAUGGCAGAGAAGCUGAGAAAGGAAGCAGAGGAUGAGCUGGCUCCUGUGCGUGCGGAGUUGCAACAACUUAACGACAAAUUAAAGGCUUUGGAGGCGACCACAAAGGUGACGGAGAAGGAACUACCGACGAAUGAUGAUUCUUCUGACGCAGAAUCCCCUCCAAUCGAAGAGACGUCCGUCACAUCAGAGGCACCAGCCUCCACGGCUGAGACAUCAGAAGCCCCGGCACUUCCUCCUGUGGCUCCACUCGUGCCCACAGAAAACAAUACUGCCACAAGCAACAACAAUAUGUUGGACAACUUCACUGAUAGCAGCGACAUCCCCGCGUGGGUGCGUGCACCACUGCUGCUGCUGCUGGCCUGUGUGGCCGUGUGGUGA